GUACCAAAACACUUAAUUUUCACAAACAGCAGUUAAAGUGGAAAUCCUGUAAACAGUCUCCUGGCUUUUGAUUUUUGACACAGACUUUUUUCCUCUAAGAUUAAAGGAUAAAGUCAUUUGAAGCAACUGCACAAUGCAGACCCAGCUACUAAUUCAACAAGACUUCAAAUUAGACUGGUCUUCUAAGGACGUUUUCUCAGCGAAGAGUGGUAGAGGUAAUGCAUCUGAAAUAAGCACGUCCUGUGGACUAUAACUGGCACUAAAGCUUCUUUUUUCCUUGAAACAUUAAAUAUAAUACAGGCCAGCAUCAAAAAAAAAGUAGAUGAAGACACAUUUGACUGUUCAAAGCACUUUGGCAUGCUUCUUCAACUUUGUUUCCUUGUUUUCUACUGCACCAAGGAAGAGUAACUUCCUUUUCAUUUCUUCAGCUAUGAAAUCUAGUAGCUCAGCAGCUUUAAAAAUAUUGACUGUCACAGUUUCAUCUUCACUGACUAUGUGCCACUGAAGUUCUUCCUAGAUAUUGAGGACUAAGCAGUAGUCUGAAAUCCAUAAGAAGGCUGUAGGUUGAAAGUUGCUCUUUUCCUCUGCAGGGCAUGUGGGAGAGAUGAAAAAUAAAUUAGAUUCUUGUUUCUGAGGGUAAUAGCCACCUUUACCUCUCAGUUCAGUGGGUUCAGGACCCUGCUGUAGACAUUCCCAAAGGUGCUCAAAAUCCAAGUAUGCACAGCUGAUGAGGCAGCAGAGAGAACAAGAGUUAUACAUUGAUUGCAGCUUCACCCAUCUGGCAUCUCAGCCUGCUGCUUUGCACCGCUGAGAAGAAUAUGAAUCCCAGCUAAUCCUGGGGGAACAGAGGAGAGUUACUGUGAGCAGCUCAAAAGGAAGAAUAAAGAUGCAGAAGAUCAUCUAGAGUUGUACCCCCAUCAGUGUGUUGAGAUGGAAAGCAGGUGCGACAGUAAAGAGCUUGAUGUUGAAAUAAGGAACCUGAUAGAGAAGAGUAAUGCCUACCAGACACGCGAGGACCCCAGUCCUAUUGCCCAAGAGAGUCCGAACCCUCAGAGAACUUCAUGUUCCCUUAAGACCCGCAGUGAAACAAAUGCUCAAGGCCGUCCUGGAUGCGUGUGGGCAGGUGUGAGUGACAUGGAAGCCCCAGCAGACCCACUAGAAUCAAGGCACAUAUUACUGACCAAAAAGAAGACAAUAUCAGCCAAUCCUCUGGAACAACAGAUCCUCUCACUGGAAAGGCAGAGACGAGAGCUUCUGGAGGUGAACAAGCAAUGGGAUCAUCAAUUUAGAAGUAUGAAACAGCUUUAUGAAAAACAGCUGGCAGAAAUGAAAGCAAAACUCGACGUGUCAGAGAGGAGAGUCAGUGAGCUGGAGGGAGAGAGACAUCGUCUACAUCCAGAAGAUGAGAGGUUGCGAGCCCUGGGCAGAGAGAGGCCGUUGCCGGAAACGAAAGAAACAAAGGUCCUUAGUGAAGCUCUCCAUGAAAUGAAGGAAGAGAACAAGCUCUUGAAGCAGAAGAAUGCCUCGAUGAUCAGAAAGAAAGAACACUAUGAGUGUGAAAUAAGUCGUCUCAAUAAGGCCCUUCUGGAUGUGUUGAAAAAACAGCGUUCACCUGUUCUUGGGACUCCUUCAGAGAACGGUGACAGGAACAGCCUUGAGGACAUGAGAACCCAACUUGAUGUUCUCAGACAGCAGGUACAAAUAUAUGAAGAAGACUUCAGAAAGGAGAGAUCUGACAGAGAAAGACUUAAUGAGCAGAAAGAAGCAUUGCAGAAAAUUAAUGAGAGAUUACAAUCUCAACUGAAUAAACUAAACUCUCAGACAAAAGACCUCCCAGUGCAGCCUGAGAAGCCCAGCUACCCACCUCCCCUCUUCCUCUCACCAUGUGUUAAUUAUGGGAAUUGUGGGUUGGUUCUUCACUAUCAAGAUCCUCGAGUACAUCCAGCAUCUCGCAGGGCACACGAGCAGCAACAGCAUUCACCAGACUAUCAGUGGUAUGUUCCUGACCAGUUUCCGCCAGAUGUGCAGCACAAGGCAAAUGUAGGCACAGGGAGAAGCCGAAAUGUAGCCCUUCACCUACCUCUCAGUAGAGAGAACAGCUGGUUACCACCUCGUCUUGGCACGCCUAGGGAAAGCAGAAAUCAACCUGCAAAGCCCUAAGGAUGCCCAGAUGAGCACAUGAAGAAAUUCAUCCUCAGAGAAGGGAGCCCAUCGCUGACAGCACGUGACCUGGAGAAGUAUAGACCAAAGGCAGCAAGCUAGUCUUGCAACUUCAUUAGUCUGUUUUGUUCUGGGGUUUUUUUGCCCCUAGCUCCUUAUCUCUUCAGUGCAUGUUAUUUAUGCCUGGUGAAAUCCUCGUGAGGACAAUAGAAAAGCAGAUCAUACAGGCUAGUGAUCCUCACGAUUCAGUUAAACUCUGCUAGGAAGCCUUAUUGCCCUUUGUUCUGAAGAUGCUGUUUGUGCUGCCUAUGAGAAUCUGUUAAAAAGCCUUAUGAGAAAAGAUGCAGCUAUUGCUGGGGAUUCAGAGGCAGUCACAUCUGGUUUGAAUUCAAGAGCUUAUAAGCCCAAUAGUGUGAUAUUUUUUGUUUGAGAAUUAUCGUCUUUUUUUAUUUGAUUCCAGGGAAUGAUUUGUUGAUACGCCAUCUUGAAUUCUGUACUCUUUUUUCCUGAUUGUUUGAUAAAAAGGAAAUCUUCUUCACUGUUUUAACAUAUUUGUGUAAUUGCAAGCAGGGUACCGCUGAUGCCGGGCCAGGUAGAAGAUGUCUACUCCCCUUUUUGAGUCAAGGCCAGCUCUCCUUUUGUUUUGGCUCCAGAAUUAUAUGAAAAACAUAAUCACAGUUUCUUCUGUGUGUACUUACUUUUAUCAGAAGAAUUUUAGUAUAAAUAUUGAAUGGGUUUAACUUCUUAACAAAAAUGGCUUUAUAUUUCCAAACGAUUCUUGUAAUGAAUCUGAACAUCGUUGUGUAAUCUCUAACCUGAGAAUAAAACCUGGCUUUUUAAAUGGAAUUGUAUUUAGACCAUGAAUUUUUUUCAGAAAAUUGGGGUGAAUGGAUGUUCAGCAAACAUUACUUGUUAAUCUACUUGCAAGAAUGUCUCUUCCCUUCAGGCUUUUAAGAGGGCAGCUGUUGGGAUACAGGUACCCAACCUGCUGGGAUCCUACCUGAAAGAACGAACUGAGAUUUUUGCAACAUAAGGCCACAGGAGAUGUCCUGUGUACUUUCCGUAUAGCUCAGAAGUAGUUGAUACGAGUUUAAGUUCCCACAGAAACAGCUUUUUUGAGCUGUGCAAAGACAGGGUCAUUAGAGAUCUCCUGCGUGUGUCAUUUCUGCUUUUAGAACAGGUAUUUGCAUUCCCAUCAAUAUACAAAGACCAGUGCAUUAAAAUAAUAACCUUACAGGAUUAAAUAUGUUCAGCAUUUCAUUUUGGACACAAUGGGGAACAGUGCAUGGGAAAGGAUUUUUCUACUGUUAUGCUUUACAGCGAUGCUGCUUUUGCAUACACUGGUCAAAGAAACAACACCCCUAACAGAAUACCAACUCAGGAAGAACAUGAGCAAAGCACCAAGCAAACCAGCCUCUAGAGAGAAAUUGCUUUUUCAUGAAGUAGUGAAAAUUAGAGUCUGACUGCAACAUUAGCUACAAAAUGAACUUCCGAGUCUCUGUUAGAGAGAUAGGAGUUUUUAUCUCUGCAUGAAUUUGGAGCUGGCUUACAGACACUAUAGCAGCGGAUAGUUUAACCAGCAAACAAUAUAACUGCACUACUCCUGAUUAGUGAUUUGGCUAAUAAGGGUGAGAUCAUGGAAAAUGCUAAUGCGAUGCCUUCGGAAAAUCCAAUUAUAAUGUAACCUAAUUCAAUGCAAGCUCUCAGCAGGUGACCAGUACUGUGGGCAGAGCACCCCACACUCAAAGACAUCGUGAAUCCUCAAAACAGACAAGCUUCUGUGUGGUUGGUGUGGGAGGCAACAAACCCCCAUUUCAUUAAUUUCUACUAUUUUCCCCAACUAACGGCGAAGGUUUGUGCCUUCCAUUUGUGGCGCUUAACUCAUUAUCUGACAGCUUGUGCAAGCAUUAUCUGGCCCAAGCGGAUGAUUCAACGCGAGCCGUUCACAGUAAGAAAAUAGAGUUUGCAGGGCUAUUUCCCCCCCUUCUGUUUAGUCACAGGCUUUUAAUGUUUGGCCGCCUUGGGUGCAAGACUGUAAACCUUGACUCACACAGAUCCUAAUCACCUGAAGUGUGGGGUAUUCCUUUUAUUAUAUGAUAGAGAAUUUGUAUCUUUUAAAAUGCAUAUAAAAUGCCUGUACAGUUGAUUUUCCUCUUAAUUUUCUUGUAAUGAUGUAUGUUUCCCAAAUGCAGGUGCUGUCAUCUAUUUGAAUCAGCAUGAUCAGACUCAAACACCCCAAAAGGAUAUGCUUUCUACAGUGACCCAGACAAGUUUGAGGGGAAGGGAAGAAGUCUCAGUCUUGAAAUGGGAGCUGAGUAUAUCAAAGGCUGGUCUUCACCUUGAGGGAGGAAGGAGAAGACGAGGAGCAGGAGAUUGAUGCUGUGGAUUUUUCAGUGGCCUGAAAGGAAUUAGGACACUAAAGACUCCCCUUGUGUGUCCUAUGUGAAGGCAAAUCCUCCUCGGUCACUUGUUGUCGGAUAAAUCCAACAUCAGUUCUUCAAAUCAGUUCCAGUUUUCUCCCACAUAAGUUGCAAUCUUUUGUAUUUUGCAGGUGAGUACUUAGAGUCCUCAAAUUGGCCUUAAAAAUUGUAAUUACUCCUUUGGCACUGAGGUUUUAUGAGGAGCAGAAUGUUCUAUUUAUCCACAUGUAUGCAGAAGCUGUGUAUAUAGCUGAAGUUUAGAGCACAUGAAGCAUUAAAUGCAACAAAAAAGUUAGUGUUUAGUUUUAAGUACCAUUUUUGAACAGCUGAUUAUUGUUGCCAAGGAAAGAAUUUGUUGCUCCAUUGUGUGUGUAAUACUGUGAUCGAAAAUAGUGGCUUGAAUAAACACUUUGCAGUGACAGAUCUCAAACAACUAUUCUUUGAGGAUAGGAAUAUAACAAGAACUUAGGCCU